AUGACGCCGGUGACGCCGCACUCCGCUGUCCCACCUCCACCCCACUCCCAACCUUACGGCGAAGAUAGGCGGCAUAUGAGCUUCGACAACGGCCCACAACCGCCCGUGUACAGUAGACAACAGAGCUAUCAACCGCAGACCCCGGUGCCACACCCUCAGCCCUACGACUACCCGCCGCAGUAUGCGUCGCACGGCGAACUCGCGUAUCCGAUCCAAGUCGCCGCCGCCUCGGGGAAACGCAAGGCGCAACGGGCAUCUCAGGCCUGCGAUAUGUGCCGGCAGCUAAAAGCUAAGUGCGACGAACUCAAACCAUGCAAGAGCUGUAAGGAAAAGAAGGUCGAGUGCAAGUAUCGGGAGGCCGUCCCGAAGCAACAAGACAAGAUCGCAGGAGACAUUCUAGAUACCCUCUUGGCGCUGCAGAGCAGAUUCGACUCCUUUGACCGGCGCAUGAGCGGAAUCGAGCGUGCAAUGUUGCGCAAUGGAACCUCCCUGGACGUACAUGCCGAGCCCCUGCAUGACGACGACGAGCGACCCGAGUCGGCAGAAUCAGCGCACCCUACAGCAGAGCCUGUCGGCUCAUUAUCACCGAGAGAGGGUGGGGAUUACGCCCCCAUUGGCAGUGUCGAGGCAAGGACGAUAACGCGAAAUAUGGAGGAAGAGAGAGAGGUGGAGCCAGGGCCCGCCGUGCGACCAGGCGUCCCGUCCAUUCCCAUAAAUCACACCACACUGGCCGCUUUUUUGCUCAAGUGGCGGCCUAUAUCGUUCCUCGUCCGGGACAUCUUGGAAUCCGAGAACGUGAGGUACGUGGACGAGUUCCCCAUUCGCCAGGAAGAGAGGCGAGGCGUCCUCCGAGUCUGGGGGCGUGGUGAGGGCCUGGAGAGCAGCCUUCGAGUCGACAAGGCGGACAAAGAGGCUCUCCGGGAUGUGGGCGUGAUGGAGAUGGCACUUGACGACGCUUCGGACACUGGCGCGCCCUCUCCUGCUGAUUGCUGGGGCGGCAUCAGCGGCUCGCCUGGCCCGAUCGACGGCAAGCCCGUCAUGUCUAUGCAGACCCCGGACUUUAGUGAGGUACUGGUGUGGAAAUACGUCAAAAGCUUCCACGAUAACAUUCAGAACAUGCAUCCGCUUAUAAUUCCGCGCGAGCUGGAUGCGAUGGUGAAGCUGUUCUUGGACACGGUCCAGCAGAGCAUAAGCAGACAGCCGCAGAGUCGGAUCGCCAAGUUUGUUAGCACAUCAUCGUCACAGUCCGAGACCGGAUCCAAGAGAAAGCGGUCGCCUGCCCCGGACGGCGCCGAGUCGCCUUCGGCGUCGCCCAAGUCGUACAAACCCGCCUUUCAGCGGUCCAUCAAUAACGCGCUCGUUUUAUUGGUGCUUGCGCUCGGAAAGAUAUGCCUGCACAAAGACAAGAUCCCCGAUGUGGUACCGGUCAGUGAGCCUCCCCCGCACGGCUCACCUUUGGCCCGGAACGGGUACCCGGCGUCUCCAGUACAGGGCUCCUCGCCCUCCCAAGCGUCCCACUCCGCCGGCCUUCCUUCUCCAAAGGACGGCUCCGAGCGCCCCGGACCCAGCAGGCGAGCCUCAUUCCAGGGAGGCGGGGCGUCCAUCCGGGGAGGAACCUCCCCGAAGAGGAAUAUGGACGUCAUCCCGGGUUUGGACUACUUUGCUUAUGCCACCGACAUCAUGGGCGGACAGUUGGCUGGCAGUAGCCUCCGGCACAUCUACGCAUAUCUCCUAGCUGGGCUAUACCACGGGCAAUUGGGAAGGGUGCUGGAGAGCUAUGCUUACAUCAAGGAGGCUGGCUUUGCAUUGCAGAUCAAGAUGAGACCGAGCUUGGAUCGAUUCAAGAGGCUGCAUGAAAUUGGCCGGCAGGGCGCGGUGACAGAGAAGUCGGACAAUCAACUCGUCUUUGCCUUCUGGACCUGUCUGCAACUCGAAAGUGACAUUAUUGCGGAGGUACCCCUGCCACAGUCACACAUCUUGGCAUACGAAGACAUGAUGCCAUAUCCAAACAUUCAGGUGGCUAAAGGGCUAGGCUUUGAGGAGCAUGUGCUUCAAAGUUACCUCGCGCAGUUGUACCUGCGCAAGAGACUCAACCAGAUCCACGGGAUGCUAUACAACCCAGAGAAGCCGCUGCCACUCAGCGCCACGACGGGGGCGCCUGGUGGCACCAUCAUUGACUACAUCCAGGAGACGAUCAACAUGGACUUUGUGCCGCAUGAAUUCAAGUUUCAGCCUACCGAUCCCCCGGCCGACGAAAUUCUGUCUGCUCGAUUGCGCGCGAAAUACUGGGGGGCGAAGGUCAUCACAUACCGACCCUUUGUUCGCCAAAUUCUCGAGUUCAACUUCCAGAAGAUGUCCAACGAAUCUCCCAUGCCUGCGUCCGACUUCCGCUCUGGUGUUGUGGUGCCCGUCAUUGGCCCUAACAACGACAUCCCUCCACAGAUGAUUGAAUACGCAGUGAAAGGGGUCGGGGCCUUGAUCGAGAGUACCCGAGCGUUCCAUGGCCUCAAGGAAAAGCGAUAUGUCGUGACUAACAUUUUUGGAACUGCUCAUGCCCAAUGGGGUAACCUUGUCACCCUCGCGGCCGUGUUCCGAGACCCCACGCUUCACAAAUACAUAGAGGAGCCAGUCCUCAAGGAGUUGUUCUUCAAAACCAUCUCCUUCUUCAGGAUCAUCGCGCCCCCAACAAGCGCGCUACACGUCGAUAUGCGAAUUUUGGAAGGCAUCGAACGCAAGCUCUGGGGGACGUCUAGCAGCGCUGAAGCGAUGGAUCAUCCAACCGGGUCCAGUUUGUCGAGCUCAGCAAGUGGCGUACCCAUGGGCCCAGCGCCUUCGAUGCCGCCCGUCGCGGGGCCGACCGGUCUGCGCUCUCCAGUUAAUCGCAUCAACAAUGGGAUGAUGAGCAUGUCCCCGCCAUUGCCGUCAUCUCUUCCGGUUACGAUACCGGGAGCGAUAGCCCCAUUGCCUGUACCUCCCCCUGAGCCCAACCAUGGGCCUCACCCGGGCAUGCUGCCUCCAAUGCAGCCCCAACCGCCUCAUCAUUGA